CCGCUUUCCCUCAGCUGCCGCUGCUGCCGGUUACCGCCCGCCGGAGUCCGCGCGGUCGCCCAGCCGUCACCGCCGGCGACAUGUUGCAGAAGCCGAGACACCGGGGCCGCCUUGGCGGCCAGGCCGAGAGGGAGAAGGACUGGGGCCGCGGCGGAGACAGCCGGGCCGCGAGAGGCGGCGUCGCCGAGGAGGCCCCGAGCACCUCCCGCGGGGUGGGCAGCUCGCCUCAGCGCGCCCGCCGGGCCGAGGCGUCCCCGGCCGUGGGGCCCAGGUCCCAGAAGCAGCUGGAGCUGAAGGUGGCCGAGCUGGUGCAGUUCUUGCUGAUCAAAGACCAGAAGAAGAUCCCGAUCAAGCGCAGCGACAUGCUGAAGCACGUGAUCGGCGACUACAGGGACAUCUUCGCCGACCUCCUGAGGCUGGCCGCCGAGCGCCUGCAGUACGUGUUCGGGUACAAGCUGGUGGAGCUGGAGCCCAAGAGCAACAGCUACAUUCUCAUCAACAGCCUGGAGCCGGUGGAGGAGGACGCGGAGCUGAGGGGCGACCAGGGCACGCCCACCACCGGCCUCCUCAUGAUCGUCCUGGGGCUCAUCUUCAUGAAGGGCAACAGCAUCAAGGAGACCGAGGUCUGGGACUUCCUGCGGCGCCUGGGGGUGUUCCCCACCAAGAAGCAUUUAAUCUUCGGGGACCCAAAGAAACUCAUAACCGAAGACUUCGUGCGGCAGCGUUACCUGGAGUACCGGCGGAUUCCCCACACGGAUCCGGUCGACUACGAAUUCCAGUGGGGCCCGCGCACCAACCUGGAAACCAGCAAGAUGAAGGUCCUCAAGUUCGUGGCCAAAGUCCACAAGCAGGACCCCAAGGACUGGCCCGCGCAGUACUGUGAGGCUUUGGCGGAGGAGGAGGCCCGGGCCCGGCCUCAGACGGCGGGCCCAGCCCCGUCCCUCGAAACCGCGGCGGGGAGAAGGGUCAAAAGCACCGGUUGAAGAGGUGGGGGUGGCGGGAGCACUUUUCUGUGAGGCUUAAAUGUGUGUAGCUGUAGGAUGUGUUUGCAGAGUUGUGUUCUGUUAGUACUACAAGGUACGUGGUUCCAAAGUGUCGUUGACAAAACCAUUCGGGAGAGGAUUUAUUUGGCGUGUUUUACUGUCUGUAUAUGUGGGUAUAAAAAUUUGGCUAGCUUUGUAAAACUAAUGGGAAAACGUUUGUGCUGUGAUCUGGAACAGAGAUUGAAGGAAGAACACAUCAGUAAAUUGCUUUGGCGCCCAGAAAAUAAAAAGGAAGUGGCUGUUAACCUGGCCUCUUAACUACCCCAGUUUGUAAGGAAAAAGAAAAGCCUUUGCAAAUUAAAAAUAAAAAUGUGACUGCCUGUAUCCCUUUUUGCCUUAACACAGCUAUUUUAUAUUUAUAUAUUUCCUACAUAUGUAAGCAUUGUUCCAAGCAAUGUAAAUGUUUUUUACUUUCAUAACUACCACUUAGGUCGGUUUGGUUUUCCUUGUUUUUGCUACUAUAGUUAUAAUAAAUACUAUAUCUUUGAAGCA